AUGCCCGUGCCAAGUAUCGCAGUCGAGGAUGAGGAGGAAGAGGAGGAAGUGCCCAAAGUACGACCCAAACCGCUCAUCAACAUGCCCGUGAUUGGAGACUCGUCGGAUGAGAGUGAGGAAUCGGACAGCCAAAGUGAUAAUGAGGAUAUGAUGACUGCGGAGGAAGAGGCUGCAGCCAGACGAUAUUUGUCCGGAGGAGCGGAAACCGAACAAAGACGAAUGUCCUCACUCGAUGUGUAUCUCAGCCAACCGCAAAAAACGGCUGAACCGAUGAUCAUCAAUCGACGACUUAGUAUGCGUGAAGAACAGGAGGCGAUAGCGAAAAUGAAUGCCGAAGAAAUGGAGAAAAAGGAAGAAGAAGAGCGUCGCAAAAAAUUGCAGAAAGAGCGAGAGGAGGUGAAAAAAGCCCGAGAAUCCAAAGAGGCGAACAAAGGCGCAAGAGAGAUUGCACAAAGUCCAAGCCCACGUAGAAUGACCUAUCACAAACGUGGCUUUGGUGGUCUAAGCCGCGAACGCAGAAAGAAACUCAAGGAAAUCAUCAUGCGUAAAGCCAAGGAGGAAUUGCGCGCAGAAACGUUGAAAGAGAUGCAAAAACGAGAGGAUCACCUCAAAUCCGUCCUGCCACCAUUCAACAUUGAUAGUCUGAAUGAAAAACAAUUGCAAGAGCUCCUAUUGUCAUGGCACAAACAAGCCAAAGAACUGGAAGAACAGAGGAUCGAUAUGGAGGAACGAAUUAGAAGACAGGAUGAAGAGAUUAACGAGCUGACAAUGAGAUUGGUUGAUAUUAAGGGAAAAUAUCAUAUGCCCAUCUUGCGCAAAGUUCCCAAACGUGAGAAUAUUGUGGCUCGGUUGGAACGACUCCGUGCACUGAACGCGAUGCACUCGAUCAAACCGUCCGUCGCACUGAAGAGUGUUUCCAAACCGGGAGAUGCUGGUUCGACGAAUCCCGGGCUUGUAAAUGGCAUGAAAGAGGAUUAA